CGCAGCGCAGUGUGUUGUGUGCGGUGUGCAGGGGGCGGGGUGCUCUAGGUGUGAUCGGACACAUGAUGAGUGUGAUGUCAGUGCGGGGCGCACCGGGCUCCUGAUCUCUCCUGUAAUGGGCCCUUCUAUACUGAUCCUCGGGAUCAUCCUCUGCUACCAGCCUAUGUCAGCCUCGUCUCAGGAUCUUUCAUAUGUGUCGGAGAUCUAUGCCCAAGGUCCUCAGCGAUUGUCUUUCUACAACUGGUAUGGCAAUGCGCGGCUGUUCCGAUUCCAAGUUCCUUCAGACACGGUCCUGCUCAGAUGGACCCUGAUGGCCACUCGGGGAAAAGGAGCUGGGUGUGAGAACGUGGAGAUCACGGCGCAUUUCCGAUACGGGGCCCCGCCGGUGAUUAACCCUUUGGGCUACAGCUUUGCGGUCAAUACCUCAGUGCCGUUCUCCUAUAACCGGACAUUGAGUUUCCAGGACGCCCUGCAAAGUAGCAUCUACUUAAAUGUUACUAACCCCACCCCUGGCGACUGGUUCAUCGCUGCCCAUCUGCCCAAAGACUCCGAGAAGAUCGAAAUUCAGGGCCUUACAAAAUCCUGUACCUACAUCUUCCAAGCUGAGUUGUUUGUCCUCCGGGAAGUCGACGUGCCAAUUUUAAAUGCCGAUAUCCCCACGCAGCAAGUCCUGGACCCUACAAGAACCUCAUCUAGCUUCAAGCUUUAUGUCCCGGAAUACACCCGAGAGCUACAGCUACAGCUGCUGAAAUGCACCCCCAAUGUGAGUCAGAGCGGGUGCCCGCUGAAGGUCACGAUCGGGUCGAUCGCCCAGCCAGAGGCCUCCCCCCAGCAGGUGAACUGCAGCGGGAGCUCAGAGUGUGGCCUUCUGCUUCCUUCCCCGCCCUGGGAGAAGUGGCUGAAUGUCGUGGUGGAGAUGCCCCAGGAGCUGAAAGCCAACGUGUCCUUCCAACUUCUUUACAACAUUUCAGUCUGUAAACCGGGAGUGAUCGGCUCCAGGUCAAUCCUGUCUUUCCUGAACUCGCUGUCAUCCAACAACACUUUGUUUCAAGAUGGUCAGCUGCCUCCUAGCAAUGCCACUGUCCUGCCUAUUGGGGGCAGCUCCUGCCUGAAGAAAUACCCUGUGAUCCGGGAGGACCUAGAUGUGGUGUCGGUGAGGUUCCAUAUCAUUAACGGCCCCUCAGUGCCAGUGGUUGCUCAACUGCCAAGUGUGGUCAUGCUGAGUAUCGAUUCCGAAAUGGACAAUGGAGGGAUGCUAGUGGUCAAUCUGCAACUAAACCGGACGGGGAAAAGCAGCUCCAACGUCACUGUGGUUGCAUGCCUGAGCACGGCUGCUCCUGUACUUACGCUGAAUACCACUGAGCAUUGCACAACAGCUUUUUCUCAGGGCUAUUCCUACAGAUUGAAUGCAGCUGCCUAUGGAGGGACCUACAAUAUACCGUACCCCGAGACCGGCAGGUGGUACCUCUCCAUGCAAGUCCUGUGUCAGGACAAUGAAAGUGCAUGCCAGCAGCAGGUGGCCACAGUGAUCGUGUCUGCCUACCUCAGCCCCUGCCUGGAUGACUGCGGUCAAUACGGCGAGUGCCGCCUGCUGCGGAGGAACGGGUAUCUGUUUGCCGCCUGCAGCUGCAAAGCUGGCUGGGGUGGCUGGAGUUGUACAGAUGACCGGAAUGCGCUGUCCGUGGCACAACAGUUACUCGCCACAAUGCUGCUGACGCUCAGUAAUCUCAUCUUUAUUCCCACUAUUGCGGUCGCCAUUUACCACCUGUAUUUUGUGGAGGCCGCGGUCUACCUCUACACCAUGUUUUUCUCUACGUUCUAUCACGCCUGCGAUCAGCCCGGAGUGACUGUCAUGUGUAUCAUGGACUACGACACGCUACAGUUCUGCGACUUCUUUGGCUCAGUCGUCGCCAUCUGGGUGACCAUCCUGUGUAUGGCCAGGCUAAGAAAGCCAGUUAAAUAUGUGCUCUUUAUGCUGGGAUCCCUGGUGAUCGCAAUGUCUAUGCAACUUGAUCGGCGAGGAAUUUGGAACAUGUUGGGGCCGUGUCUGUUCGCUUUGAUAAUCCUGAUCAUCGCUUGGACCUGGAGAGGAGUCCGACGUCGCCACUGUUACCCGCCAAGCUGGCAGCGAUGGGUCUUCUUCCUAUUACCCGGAGUGGCCCUGGCCUUGACGGCCAUUUCAGUCUACGUCUUUGCCGAGACCAACGCCAACUACUACUACACCCACAGCCUGUGGCACGUCAUGGUGGCCGCUAGUGUGGCCUUCCUGCUUCCGCCCCGGGAAAGAAACGCAAAAUCGUGGAAGUGGUCGCAAAUGCUGGACUGCAGAUACAAGAUCUGUAAAGAGGACCGGGAGGAGUUGUAUGUGGUCACAUGACCCCUUUUUUUUAAAAAAAAAAUUUUUUUUUUUUUGCUAAAUUCCAAACAUUGACGCCAGUCACUUUAAAUGAGUGCUUUUGCACUUUAAUCACUUUUUUUUUUUCUCUUUUGUGUUUUACUGUAGAGCGGUGCAAAAAUAUAUAAACGGAAAAAAAACCACAACACAGGGACUUAACAUACUUUCUAUUUAAUACGAACUCUGUUGGAAGAAGGCCACUGUCCAGUUUUAUUCUUAACCUCCGUGAGGGAAUAGAGACUGCAAAGUUCUGAUUUUCCAGAUCAACUGGGAAUUUUCUUCUCUGGUUUAUGGAGAUCGGUGCUGGAGAACCUUCUGUGACUCGCACACACCUCCAUACAGAACAAUGUUAUUUAUUUUUUACAUUAGUUUAUUUUUUUUUGCAUUACGUCUUUCUUGUACUUUUCAUGCAAUUUAAAUAUUUUAAGGACCUAAAGCUGAAUUCCAGGGACACGGUUGUAUCCACCAUUGAAACAUUAAAUGGGAGCUGGUUUUCCUGCCAAAGGAUUUGUGAUUCUGUCCAGCAAAUCUUGAGAUUUUAAAGGGAAGUAUGGGGUUUGGGGUUUUUUCCUCCAUCUUACUUGCCUAGGUGGAUCUGUCCCCCCGGUGCCUCUACGCUGAGAACUGAGCGAUCAAACACCGCCGAUGGCUCGGUUCUCACAGUUCCAUGAGUGGAGCAAUUGACUGUCAAUGAGCAUCUCUCUGCUCUGCUCCCCCACGCUCACUGGAGCGCUGAGCUGUGGAGGGGCGGGGAGCAGCCGUCUCAGGCUCUCAGCAGUUCCCUGAGAGGCUGAGAUGGCUAUCAGUCCAGGCACCUGGCGAAUCCCGACUUCCGUUGUUAGGAUGACGCGGUGCCUGGAAUGAUUUCUGUGACGUCAGCAGAGAGCGCACAUCUGUCCGUUCUCUGCUGAAAACGGGUCACAGGAGAGCAGAACAAAUUGCACUCCUGUGACCCACAGGAGAAGGGAGCCCAGCCAAACGAGCUCAGGCUAGACUUCUUUUAAGCCAGGCAAUCCAGACAGCUUUGCUGGGACACCCCCCCCCCCCCUUCACACAGGAACAGAGCCGAGGCUGUACAUUUUCUGGUGCUCCUUCCCCUGUCACCAUUUUUCUCUUGGUGUCAGGAAAACUUGUCAGAAGUGAUUCAUGCUGAUGGCAGAGAAAUGAAG